AUGGUUCUGGCUGGUACUGCUUCUGCCAAUGUGCUCCAGCCGCUGUGCCAUGUGGCAGAGAGUGGCGACAGCGCUGCCAUGCCCGUAAUAUGGCGGCAGGAGCAUGCAUACAUCCACUCGGCACUCUCCUCUCUCCUCACAACCGCACAGGCAGCAGGGCAGGGAACAGUCCGCUCCCUUUCAUUCUUCACCCCUCACUGGUACGCCUCUCUCCUAGCCCGUCUGCAUCUCAACGCCUUCCGCAUCGCGCCACUGCUCUCAGUCACCACUGCAGCAGCGGCUGAGCACUCUCUCUUGGACUCAACCAUGCAGGACAGCAUCUCUCUCUCCGCAGCAGCACUCUUCCGAGCGGCGAGUGCGGCAGUGACGGGCGACGAGGCAGUCGGCACGGGGGUGUAUCUCCUCGCUUCCUUCUUCAACCAUGACUGUGGUGCGUGCGUGCUCUCUGCUUGA